UGUUUUGAUUCUCUUAUUUGAUUCAGAUCAUUAAAAUUUACAUGAAAUAUGCCCUGCUGGUAUUUUGACAAGGUUGAUCUGAAGAAAACUCCAUCUCUGCAAGAUGGUGUUCCCCCAGAAACGGAAGCCAGAUAUCGAAGAGAGGGAACUCGUUAUAUAUUCGAUAUGGGUGCAAAGCUUGGAUUAAGUCAUGAUACUCAUGCCACCGCAGUAGUGUUUUUUCAUCGAUUUUAUAUUUUUCACUCCUUCAAAAAGUUCCCAAGAUAUAUUACUGCCACAUGCUGCCUUUUUUUGGCAGGGAAAGUAGAGGAAACUCCGAAGAAAUGCAAAGACUUGGUUAAAGUUGCCAGAAGUUUGUUAUCUGAUGCUCAUUUCACCCAGUUUGGAGAAGAUCCGAGAGAGGAAGUCAUGACAUUUGAGAGAAUUCUACUCCAAACAAUCAAAUUCGAUUUGCAGGUUGAACAUCCUUAUAAAUAUCUUGUGCAAUAUGCCAAGGCUUUGAAAGGAGACAAGGCUAAAGUUGAACACCUUGUUCAAAUGGCUUGGACAUUUAUAAAUGAUAGUUUUUCCACAUCACUAUGUUUACAAUGGGAGCCGCAGAUUGUCGCAGUAGCAGUAAUGUAUUUGGCAGGACGUCUGUGCAAGUUUGAACCUCAAGAUUGGGCGUAUAAUCGCGGGCGAUGGUGGGAACAAUUUAUCGAUGACAUCAGUAUGGACCUAUUGGAAGAUAUUUGUCAUCAGGUACUUGAUCUUUAUUCUCAUCAGAAACCAAAAUCCGUUUCAAAAGCCAAACGAGAGCGACCCAAGACACCUGGAGAUGUUGACAAAAGCAAUGAACCACAAGCAAAAGCUAUGCGCCAAGAUUCCAAACAUGCCAAAAAUUCGGAAAACCAUCACAAGGCUAAACCGAGUUCAAGUACGUCUUCAAAUAAAGUUCAAGGGUCAAAUCAACAGCAGAUACAACCAAUCAAGCGACAGACGAGUAGUCAGUCAACCAAUUCUACAGGGAAUGUUGAAGUUUCCAGGCAGGAUUCCACAAAUACUGAAGAGGUGGCAAUGGAUACAGUAGAAACAUGCGACAGUGGUACUAUAGAAACUCAUUCAGCCCACUUACCAGCACAGGAGCCAAGUGGUAUUCCAAGCAAAGCAACCGAUUACUAUAGCAGUGUGAAUGAGUAUCAAUCAUUUAUGACAUCCGACAAUAUGUCAUCAAUGGCAUUGUCACAACAGAAGCAGUUAAAACAAUAUAGUUAUUCAAAUAAUUCAGUCUUUCAACAGCCACAUGUAUAUAGCUCUGUGCCAACAACACCACAAACCCCUACUGCGCCACAACAUAGACCCAGUUUUACUGGACCACCACCGCCUCCCCCACAGCCACCUUUCCCAACUUCGUUCCCUCAGCCAAGUUUUGAUGUUAUGCCACCCACUGGAUUUCCACCCAGAUUUCCAUCGAAUUUACCACCAACAUAUUCUGGAAAUCAGGAUAUUUUUUAUCCGGAUGCACAUCCCCCAAUGGGUAUGGCAACUGUAAGAAUUACUGUCUUCCUAUAUGGCAGUGGUUCUUAA